GAGAGAGAGAUAUUGUGCAAAAUAUGAUUUUACAAUGAUCGGCGGCUUGAGGGAAUGUUAGUGCCCUUGCUUUUAAAAAUGUAUUUGUGAGGUGAAGCUGUUUGGAGUAGCAGCCUCAAUCAGGACAAUCUGAGACCCAGAUCACGUGAACAAAUAUGCUUGUAUUUUAAGGCAGCGCCUUUAUUUGUCAUGAUAAAGGUUCCUGAAAAAUACUAAUGUCGACUCAUUCGGCGAUCCUGCCUCAGUAAAACGUUUUUUCUCUCUCUCUCUUCAAAUGAAAAGUUGAUUGCCAGUAAUAUUUCGCUUUGGAAUAAGAAGAUCGUCUUGGCUUUUUAUUGGUAGCUGAGUGAGUGGCUCCAUUCUUUCGGGAAUACUGUCUGCAUUGGUAUAUGGAAAUGCCUGGAAAAGCGCGAGAUCAGUUUUAAGACACUACUGUCUAUAGACAAAGGGUGAAGGAUUUAUCCGAGUAGCUGCACUGAGAGAUAUUGAGACCAAGAAGCUAUAUAAUAAAUUGACUCACAGGUCGCUGCUCAAAUUAUGACGAUCGUAUAAGGAAAGAAGAGACAGCCACAGACUGCGGUCAAAGGACAGAUAAUUUGUGGGAAGCUCCAAUCACGUGAGGAGCCCCUGCAAUUGGACAGGGGUGGACAGGCCUUGCUAGUUUGAAACUUCACAAUGCAGAAAACCACUUAUUAUGACAACGCUGGACUCUUUGGAGGAUAUUCCUACCCUAAAACUGACUCCUACACAUAUGGCCCUGCACACCAGGGCUACUCCUCAUCCAGUAUAGAGAAUGACUAUCAAAAUGCCAUCUGUCCAAUUCAAACUACAUCAGUCCGGCCGCCAGCACACAAAAAUGGAGACAUGAAUGGCAGCUGUAUGCGACCAAGUGCCAGCAACAGCAAUAGCCAACCCGAGGGGCUCGUUGAACAGCAGCAACAGCAGGCUGCUCCUUUAGCAGCCAGCUCACCCAGCCCCAACACCAGCUCCACUCAAAAAAAGAAAUCUCCCAACAGCAACGGCUCCAGCACUGCCACUCCAGUCAUCACAAAACAAAUCUUCCCAUGGAUGAAAGAGACGCGUCAAAACUCAAAGCAAAAAAGCACCAACUGCCCAGCUGCAGGAGAAACCUGCGAUGACAAGAGUCCACCUGGCCCUGCCUCGAAACGGGUGCGCACUGCGUACACCAGCGCACAACUAGUGGAGCUGGAGAAGGAGUUUCAUUUUAAUCGCUACCUGUGUCGCCCCAGAAGAGUGGAGAUGGCUAAUCUACUGAAUCUGACUGAGCGCCAAAUAAAGAUCUGGUUUCAAAACAGGAGGAUGAAGUACAAAAAAGAUCAAAAAUCUAAAGGCAUAAUGCACUCUCCCCUAGGACACUCUCCGGACAGAAGCCCGCCGUUAAGUGGCUCGAAUCACAUUGGAUAUUCUGGUCAGCUUGCAAACGUAAACAGUCUAAGCUACGAUGCGCCAUCUUCCCCGCCAUUCGCCAAACCGCAACAGAAUAUGUACGGCUUGGCAGCCUACACGGCGCCGUUAGGCGGUUGCAUACCGCAACAAAAACGGUACCCGGGCACAGAAUACGACCACCACAGCAUGCAGGGGAACGGUAGCUUUGCCAGUGCUAAUUUACAAGGUAGUCCCGUGUAUGUUGGGGGGAAUUUUGUUGAUUCAAUGCCAGGCUCGGGCCCCAUGUUCAACCUCGGCCAUCUUCCCCAUCCCUCAUCCGCUAGCGUGGACUACAGCUGUGCCGCUCAGAUUCCGGGUAACCACCAUCACGGACCGUGUGACCCCCACCCCACAUACACAGACCUCAGCUCUCACCACGCGUCUCAGGGAAGGCUGCAGGAUGCGCCCAAACUUACGCAUCUGUAAGGAUCUCAUCUGUGUGCUGUUGAAAGCGAUAUGUCGCGUUUUUAUUACCUCACUAGUUAAACGAAUUUAUAAAACUACCCUCCGAGAGAAACAUAACGUAUUACCCUGUAUUAUUAUUAUUAUUAUUGAUAUUACUAUUACUGCUACGAUUGUAAUUAUUUUAACAAUAGCUGUGGUCUAUUUCUCUCGACUGUUGAAGAUGCACAGGAGUGUUUGUUGUCAGUUGUUUGGAGAAGCUAGUUGCGCAAAAUGAGGGCAAUUUCCAUUAAGUAUUACUUGAAGGUAAGUUCUGUAGAUUUGACAGUAUAGACAUCCAUCUUUAUAGAGAUGUGGUUUGUAGAGAAAAAUAUCAUUGCCUCUUCGUUAAGUCGUCUGUUAGUCAUGGGUACUACCGAAUCCGUUUCAAUUAAGAUGUAUCAUUAUUUAUUGUUUUCCCUCAAGAUUGUAUGACAAACAUUUAUCUCGACUGAGUAUUAUAUUUAUUAUUUAACGAUUUUGUAACGCACAUUAUUUAUCUUUUGAUGUACAUUAUUUAUAUGGACAAUAUUGUAGAACUUAUUUUGGAGCAGAAGCCGUUGACGUUUUCUUAGAACUGGUGCAAACAAGGUAAUAUUGUGUGACUGGUGUAUUUCUGUUUUAAUUAAAUAAUAAAAUAUCCUGCAAAUGAAGAGAUAUUUACGCAACAAUCUCGAAAUUUUUUAUUUUUUUUUCAAAGUAAUUGGAAGUCUGGCAUUUUUGGUCAAUGCCAUGGUUAAUAUUAUGUCGCUUAAAAACACCAGCACGUAAUGAUCACACCCUCACAUCCUUUAUAAAUGUUAUUUUGUAAGUUGCACAAUCCAUGCAUAAAAUUAUGAAAUGGUAACGAUAUGGAAAUGUUAUAUUUUAUUGUGUCAAACAUUUUGUAAAUAAAAGUGCUUAAGCCGAACAAAUGCAAGUGCACAUCCUACAUUAAUAUGCU